CCUCACCAGAUGAAGUGGAGUGUCCAACACGUCACCAGCAGGCUCUUCUUCCUUCGUCACAGGACAUGGCUCACACGAGUUUACCAAGUGAGUUUUCCUGGAUGGCAGCGACGACGCGAAUCACGGACCUCCCUGACGACUGCCUCGCGUGCGUGCUCUCCUUCCUCCCUCCCGCGCUAAUCGCCCGCUGCGCCUUCGUUUCCUCGGCUUGGCGCGCUGCUGCCGCGUCCCCCGUGGCGUGGGCGCGCGCGCUGCCCGACCUCUGCCGCCACCCCUGCUUCACCGCGCUACCGCUCGCCUCCCACCAGCGCCACCCACGCGCGUGGUGCCGCGAGCUGUGCCGGGGGUUGCUGCUGGACGGUGGGGCGUUCCACGCGCGCAUGGACCCGCGCACGGCGAAGCUGACGCUGAGCGUGAGCAUCGCGAAGGCGUGCGGCAUCGCGUGGCUGAACGACCGCCGCUACUGGCACACGGAGACGCGCAGCGCCACUGGCGCGCUGUUCCCCGAGGUGCCGCACCUGCUGACCGUGUGCUGGCUCGACCUCAGCGCGCAAGUCGCGCUACCGUUCCCCCUGCGCUGCGGGGAGUAUGACGUGGCGUGGCGCAUGGCGCGCGACCCCACCCGCGACGAGUACGAGCGGGGUGGAGGGGAGGGGCGGAGGCACGUGAGGCUGUUCCAGGGGGGAGGAGGAGGAGGAGAGGAUGGCGAGGAGCAGCUAGGGGGGGAGGGGAUGGCAGGUGCACGCGCUGGCGAGGCGGCAGGUGGUGGUGGUGGUGGCGGGGGUGUGGGUGGCAACCCGUUCCACCACAUGGCGAGACUCAUGCCCCGCCUGGUGGGCCGCGAGCACGAGGCAGACCAAUGGCACACUGAACAGCAGGGACAGCAGGGCACAGGGCAGCAGCAGGUGUGGGAAAGAAGGAGGGAGGCGUGGGGGCGCGUGCAGCAGCGGUGCUGGUUCAGUUGGGUGGGGCGGCCCACAUGGAGCAACGUGAGGGAGGAGGGCAGUGCGGGAGGGGGGGGAGGCGAGCAGAGGCAGCUGCGCAUCUCUGCUGCCAACGUUGCCAUGCUGCCUGAUUGGACCACCUUUCAUGCAGGCCGUGUGGUCAUACGGGGGGCCACCGCAGGGGAGGGGGCAGUGGCUCCUAGGCUGAGUGUGCGGUUGUGGGAGACGGAGAGUGGGUGGUGGAAGGAUGGGCUCUACUUCGAUGCGCUGCAGCUCACAGAGCUUUGAUUACUUGCAACGUAUCUAGACACCAUUGAAGAUACGACAUUAUAGGACCUUGCUGGAGCAAUUGUAUGUCCAGAGUAACACAAUAGUGUGGUGCUAUACCUGUCAACUUAUACAUUUGCUGUGCAUCUCAAGUUAUAGGCUAGAUGGGUUUGUGCUCUUAGAGAGAACAACAUCAACCCCUAAUAUGACCUUGUAUGCAUUGGAUGAUUUUCACUUCGAUACUUU